AUGUCGAAUUUAAUUGAAGUAGAUAAAAUUAGAGCAUUAGCCGAUAGAUUGGUUAGAGUCCGUGAUUUGCUCACACCAUUAAAUGUAAACAGCCGUCAAAAAAAGAGAGAAAUUCCAAACUACAUCAAAGAAGAACUUGUAAAAAUAUAUGAUGAGUACGGAGGAUCGGGCGUGUUCAAAAAACUUUUUAACAUUUCUUCUAAACGUCUACGAGCCUGACGUAAAAAAUUAAAAGAAAAUCCCAAUUGCUUUUCCAGCGUGAAUACCCUUACAACUGAUAAAUCUGCAAUCUGCAUAGACGACACAGAAGAAAUUAAAAACACUAUAGAAAAGAAAUCCUUAUUAGAAGAGGUCAAGAAAAAAGAAGAAACUAAUAAAAUUUCUUAUAUAAAUGAAGUCAGGAAUAUUUUAUCAAAAGAAAUCAUUGAUAAAUGUGAAGAAAUUAAGCACACAUUAAAAAUCGCUAAGACAAAGAAAAACAAGUGGCUUGAUAGUGAAAUUAAACAAGAAAUUGUGGCAUUAGUGAAUCAAGUCGGAUAUGCUAAACCGAUUGCAGUAAUUUUAGAUAUUGAUGAAAGGAUAAUUGAAGAUUGGAGAAACAGCUCUGCAGGAGAAAUAAAAGAAGGCAAUGAAGGAUUGUUUGAUGAAAUAUAUAGAUAA